GAAACUUGUUAUAGCAAGUAAUGAAAUUAUGCAGAAAAACUUUGUUGAUAAAUACGUAAACUGUUUAUAUUUUUAUAAAAUCUCUUAAUUUUUUAUGAUAUAUAUCAAAAGGAUGAGCACGAGUAGGUGGCAAAAGAGAAAGAGAAGUGGGCGGGUAGGUUGACACGUAAUAGGCAGGUGUCGUGCAGGUGGAGCUGCUUCACUCAAUAUAUAAUUAAAGAGACUUUCUGAAUCCCAUCAACUAAUUUUGUGUAGGUACAUCCAUCGAUAUGGCUGAUGUAAGAGGAAGCAGUGGUACAUGCAAUGAGAGGUGUGGUUGUCCUUGUCCGUGCCCGGGUGGAACGUCUUGCAGGUGCGCAUCGUCUGAUGCAAACAUGGAGCACAAGAGGUGCUCAUGCGGAGAGCACUGUGGAUGCAACCCUUGCACAUGUUCAAAGAGUGCCGCUGCUGGAAAGUCUAACUGCAAGUGUGGUCCUGGCUGCGCCUGUCCCACCUGUGCCGCUUAGUUACUCCCUAGUUCAUUAGCAGAGCGAGUUUCUAUUGAAUAUAAUUGUGGUCACGAACCUAUGUGUAAUUUAAUUGUUCGUUUGUGCAAGUACUAGUAUCUAAUGAAUAUGGUUAUAUUAUGGGAUGUUCCCAAUCAAAGUAAACUUGGGUACCCUUCCAACUUUAAUUUUGAGACGGACACACGUUCGCUCCAAA